AUGAGUUUCAUGAAUUAAAAUAUUAUUGAUAAGAUCAAUUCUUUUGGUCAAACUUUGUGUAUUCAACUAAUAAACAAUGAAAUGAUAUCCUUGAUUUAACUAAAGGCUAAUAAUUUUUUAGUUACGACUGCCACAAAAUAUUAUUAAGUACCUAAUAUAGAAGAAUCUAAACCAAAAAAAAAAUAUUAGAAUUUAGCAAAAAUGCAAUAAAAAUUCCAAAUAGAAAAAGAAGAUUAUCAUUCUGUUUUGAAGGAGGAGAUUAUUCAGAUGCAGAAAAAUAAAUUUCCAUUAAUGCCUUUUCAUUUGCAUUAGAAACCAAGUAAAUAUAAUUAUAUAUAAGUCCAGAUAAUGCAAGGAUUGUCAAUAGGUAGAGUUAAAAAUGAUUAUUAAAUAUAUAGACAAAUGACUACUUAGAAAAUGAAUAGAGACAUUCACAGAGAUACAAAUCAACCUAUUUUGGCAGAAUUCAAUAAAUAAUUAUUGUGUAAAAAAGAUAUUGGAGAAAUAAUAGAUAAAAGUAUUUACUGA